AAAAGAUAUUAGUAAACAAGCACCUAUUAAUCCCUUUUAAUUUCAUCGUCUUUGGUUUUCCUCCAUCCAAAAUUUCCUUCGUCUACAAGUGCCCUGAUGUUGAGUUGCCGGCGGCCGGGCCCUUCCCCACCAAAAGACUCAAAAUCUUAACUUUUUCCGUUCCGACGUUUCCUGAUUGAUUGAUUUCCUCAAAAGCGACCGAUCCUUAACUUUUGCAGAACCCACCACUGCUAGCUGCCAUUCAAUUCCAUCAAGCUAGCUAGGAUCCAUUCUUUUCUCUGUUUCUAUAUAAAUACAGAGCUAGAAUAAUGGAGGGCGCCGCCAUCAGGAUUUGUUUCUGGGUGGCGAUCACGUCAGCACUGUUGAACAGCGGCUGCACCGCUGACCCCACACCUGUUUGUCAGUGCAGCUUGCCGCCGCCGACGCCGCCAUCUCCGCCUGCCGACCCCAGCACCUGCCCGCCGCCGCCGCCCAUUCCUCCUGCUACCCCGGGUAACGAGAACUUGCCAACGCCGCCGCCAACGCCGCCGUCAGGCUCCAACGACAACCCGCCGAGUUACACCCCCGUGACCCCACCUGCUAUUAGCACUGGCCCACCCGGCCCACCCUACAAUCCAUCACCGCCAGCUCCGGGCUACAGCUACCAGCCCCCCACAGGACCUGCGCCGCCACCGCCUAACCCAAUUCUCCCCUACUUCCCAUUCUACUUCCUACACCCACCUCCACCACCUGGAUCCUCCGCCGCCGCCGCCACACCGUCGAUUUCUUGCCUGCUCUUACUCCUCUUCCUCGUAUUAAUGCUCUCCCCCUCAUUUCCUUUUCCGUUGAUGAAUGCAUAAAUAAAUAAGUAAGAUCAUACAUGCUCUGUUUUUCUUCCAAGAAAGAAUAAAUUAUACUCCGUAUAUAGCUGUACGUCGGAGGAAUAUUCACAGAUCGCCGCCGCCGGCCUGCCCAUCCUCCGAUCCAAUCGAAGAAGAAUCUGAAAGCUGUGUGGCCGGCCUGCUGCCCGCCGGUCUCUCGCCGAUCCAGCUUUGUUAGUGGGGCCCGGCCGGUAAUCUGCAUAUUCUUGAUGGCAUUUAUGUCCUUUUGCCUUCCCUUUUUUCGUUUUACACAUUUUUACAUUAUUGUUUCCUUUGCCUAGGAUGUAACGAUCCAUACUGUGUGUUUAAUUAAUUAUUAGUCAAUUUUUUGUUUUGUAUUGCGUAUACUUUUAAAUUCAAAGUUUCUGAUGUAACGUCUCUUUCAUCCUUUCUUAUUGUUCAUUUGUAUCUCCUUCUCAUACUCCGUAUGUCACAUGUAAUCUUCUUGUUAAGAACUGUGUUUGUUUUAAAGUUAUCAAUUACUCCGUAAUUACUAGCC